AUGUCGCAGUACGCAACACAUCUCAAUGCCAUCAUCAUCGGGGCAGGGCCGGCGGGAAUCGCCAUGGCUUACCAGCUCAAGCACAAACUUGGCUUCAACGACUUCACCAUUUACGAGAAACUCGACGGCGUAGGAGGCACAUGGCGAACGAACAGCUACCCGGGGUGUGGCUGCGAUUUGCCUUCCCAUCUCUACUCGUUCAGUUUCAAUCUCAAUCCAGACUGGUCGCAGGAGUUGUGUGAGCAGCCUGAAAUCUUGCGAUACAUGGAGGACACCGUCGACAAAUUCGACCUGCGGAAGCACGUCCAUUCCUCCGUGGAGUGCAUCGGCGCUGAAUGGCAAGACAAAUUGCGGAAAUGGAGAGUGCAGUUCAAAGACCUCCAGACCGGGAUCGAGUACUCGCGCUAUGCAUCCGUCUUCGUGUCGGCCGUCGGCGCCAUCUCCUUCCCUCGCGAUGUAAAAUUCGCUGGCAUGGAGGACUUUAAAGGUCCGAUGUUUCAUACCGCACGCUGGAAUCAUUCCGUCAGCUGGAAGGGCAAGCGAGUUGCGGUCAUCGGGAAUGGCUGCAGUGCAGCGCAAGUGGUUCCCGCUCUGGCCAAAGACGCUGCUUUCGUGAAGCAGUACGCUCGAAGUGCACAAUGGUACCACGCCCGACCAAAUCACAAAUUCACCGCCGCGGAAAAGUGGGCGUUCCGAUGGGUUCCCCUCUGGCAACGGCUGCUGCGCUUGACCAUUUUCCUGGAGGCGGAUGAACAAACGACAGCUUACUUUCCCUCACCCAAAGGACAGCGAGUCCGCGCCACCGCCGAAAAGGAAUCAACAGAAUACAUCAAAUCCAAGGCUCCCAAGAAAUACUGGGACUUCAUCGUACCCGACUUUCCCCUAGGCUGCAAACGACGGAUUUUUGACCCCGACUAUCUGGAUUCCUUACAGCGACCGAAUGUUGAGCUUCUGAAUCAUGGGAUCGAGAAGAUUACCGAGACAGGAAUUGUGUCAAGCAAGGGAGACGUUGACAACUUCGACAUCAUCGUCCUCGGUACAGGCUUUCAAGUCGCCCAAUUCCUGACACCAAUGGAGAUUGUCGGUGCAAACGGGGCCAACCUGCAACAGCAGUGGGAUGAGUGUCGAGGAGCGCAGGCGUACAUGGGCACCUAUGUGCACAACUUCCCCAACCUCGCAAUCAUCUUCGGCCCCAACACCUUCCCGGCGAACAACUCUGCUCUAUUUGCGUGCGAGACACAAGUGGACUAUGCGGUGAAGUCCUUGUUUCGGCCGCUGUUGGAUGGCCGGGCGGACAUUAUCGAGGUCAAGCAGAGUGCCGAGGAUUCGACGACGCAGAAGAUCCACGAAGGCCUUGCAGCGACUGUCUUUGCGGGCGACUGUUCGAACUGGUACAUUGGCAAACAUGGUCGGAAUACAGCAUCUUGGCCUGGUCUGGCUCGAUCGUUUUGGUUGGCGACAUACUUCCCGGACUGGAAAGCGUUCAAUAUGCAGGGUGGGAGCAAGUUUUGGCCGUUGCGUGCUCUGGAGAGGAAGUUGCGUUUCUUUUCGAGUGGCAACGCAACUGCAAAGUGGCUGGCGUUCUUGAUUGCGACGGGUAUCAUUGUUCGAGAUCGCACAAUUGUCGCAAGGUUCUGUCGACAGGCCGUAGAUGGUUUGCGCAGGGGCAUUGUCGGCCUGCGGUCAUAA